AUGGUAUCUUUUCUAGACUCCUUUCAUAUCAUGAUUGUAUGUAAAUACUUUAAUUCAUUUAAUGAUUUUGUACAAUUAAUGAUUGUUUCAAAAAAGUACAAAGACAUUGUAACUCAAUUUCAUUACAACCCAAUUCCACUCACUUUUAAUACUUUGCACUAUUUCACUCAUUUGGAAACUCUUCAUUUGUACUCACACGAAGACCAAAUGUUCCCUGAAAAUACAUUUUAUGCUCGAGUCUACCAUUAUAUUCAAGUCAAUGUAAUAACUCUUGUUGGUAAAACAAUUAUUGUUUAUGUUCACAACUUGGCUACUGUUUUAGACCUCAAAACCGAAAUUGAAAAGUCUGAAAACAUCACAACAUGUCAACAGCGAAUUAUAUUUAAUAAUAAGUUGCUUCAAAAUGAUGUGAAAUUGCACGAAGUUGGGAUCGUCGACAAAUCAAAUGUGCGUCUCGUUUUAGCACUAAAAAAGCCUGUCAUUCUGUUGUACGACUCAAGUGCUUCUGAAGGUAUAAAUUCAACACAAAAAGUUGAUAUCAAAAUCGAACUGUGCAAUUCUGUUUUUUCGUGUUUGUACCCAACACCACAAAAUGUCGAUGAAAACAACAAAAAGUGUAUUUGGAGUGCUUUUUACACAUCAAAACAACAUAGUAAAUAUAUAAAGAAUAGUAAAGAAGAUGAUAAUUUGAUACUUGAAAUUAAUAAUAAGAAGUUUGAGUAUCUCUUUUGGGAAGCCGAAACAUACAACACUUUUGAUGGUGAAAAGUAUGUUGCUAAAAAUAUUGAAGAAGUGAGAGAAGUGCUUGACAGACUUGGACUGAAUACAAGAGAACAAAACGACUUUAUCGUGUAUUGGGUUAAAUCACUGCAAAGAUAUAAAAAGAUGGGAAUUGUU